GUUCGGAGGCUGCAACUUGAUACAUGGGAGAACUUCAUCCUUCAUCAUCUGCCCUUGCUCCGCCUCAGUGGGAAACCAAAAUCAGUUUCUACUCACAAUGCCCGAAUCAUUUGCUGCAAUCCGGAGUCGCCGGAGCAACGAGCUGGCCCAACUGGCGGAUUACCACAUCCAGCAUGACUUGCAAGCCGACGAUCGGGAUAUUUUGAAGUCUGCGUCCAAGAAAGCUUCCCUCUGGAUGACCAUUGGAUCUGCUGUUGGAAUUGGCCUCGGACUCUAUGCAGCAUUCCGCCUCCGGAGCUCGCGCAAGGCGUUUUUCGAGGUUUUUCGAGCCCAGGAGAAGCCUGUCAAGGUGGUCUUCUCGGACGGCCGGACAGAAUCUAUUCCAGACAUCACUCCUCUAUUGAAACCGACAACGCUGGGGGAUUUCGCCACGUAUUUCUUUGCCUCGGCUGGCGGUCUGUUCCUGGGGGGUGAGCUCGGGUUCCUAGCGGGGGCGUCGAGUGGUAGCCGUGAUUUGCUCGGUGACCCUGAGAGGAAGAAGAGGGUUGAAAGUGCCUUUCGGAAAUUCCGGGCCGAGAUGCUGCGCAAACAAGCCGAUGAGCUUGAUCAAGGCGCUGAAGUUGCCCACGAGAUGUUUUAAUUUGCGUUUCUUGUAAUAACCAAGACUGGUUACGGACGGUGAUGUUUUCAUGAGUGAUUGCUACCGGCUUAGCCAUGGGACAAAAUGAAUGGGCUUAUAACAUGGGUGGCGCCCUUUGCAGCUCUAGGUUUAGGAUACCUCAAAACCGAAUUUACCAAGUUGUUCAUCAGUACACAGUUGCUCAAGGUAAUGGCUUCACGAUGGCCGUUUUUGAGCCGAGAUUUUAGGACUGUUGGUUUAGUAGUAGUAGUGGAAGCAAGCACGAGGGCGCAUCUGUGAAGAAAUCAGCGAUAUUUACUUUAGGCUCUAACUGAUGAAGUUCACCGACCGUCUUGACAAUCGAUGUCGCACGCUUUCUGUACCUUCGAAUGGUGUUAGGUUUGUCCAAGGCAUCUGACUGCAUCACUACUAG